AUUGGUUUGCCUUUCUGCUCUGUGGCGUUGCCCCAACAACCGGGCUAUGGGACGCGGAGGGGCCUCCAAGCUGCUACAUCCUAAACCUUGGGGCUCUUCCUUCACCUGCCCUGCAAGUUUCCUGCACCAUGUCUGUGCGGACUCUACCGCUGCUCUUUUUGAACUUAGGUGGAGAGAUGCUUUACGUCCUAGACCAGCGACUGAGGGCCCAGAACAUCCCCGGAGACAAGGCCCGCAAAGAUGAAUGGACAGAGGUGGACAGAAAACGAGUUCUGAAUGACAUCAUUUCAACCAUGUUCAACAGGAAGUUUAUGGAGGAGCUGUUCAAACCCCAGGAGCUGUACUCCAAGAAGGCCCUGAGGACUGUAUAUGACCGCCUGGCCCAUGCUUCCAUCAUGCGGCUGAACCAGGCCAGCAUGGAUAAGCUCUAUGACUUGAUGACCAUGGCUUUCAAAUAUCAAGUGCUACUGUGUCCACGCCCCAAAGAUGUGCUGCUGAUCACCUUCAACCACUUAGACUCCAUCAAGGGAUUCAUCCAAGACUCCCCAACCAUCCUGCAUCAAGUAGACGAAACCUUCCGGCAACUGACAGAAGUAUAUGGGAGUCUGUCUGCUGGGGAGUUCCAAAUGAUCCGGCAGACCCUGCUGAUCUUCUUCCAAGACCUGCAUAUCCGAGUGUCCACAUUUCUAAAGGACAAAGUUCAGAAUUCUAACGGUCGCUUUGUGCUGCCAGUGUCUGGGCCUGUCCCCUGGGGAACUGAAGUUCCUGGAGUGAUCAGAAUGUUCAAUGACAAAGGCGAAGAAGUGGAGAAGAUAGAAUUCAAGCAUGGUGGAAACUACAUCCCUGCACACAAGGAAGGCUCUUUUGAACUUUAUGGAGACCGAGUCUUGAAACUGGGAACAAACAUGUACAGUGUGAAUCGUCCUGUGGAAACCCACAUGUCUGCAACGUCAAAGGGCUUAGCCUCAAUGCAGGAAAACAUUGCUCCAAACCCUCUGGCCAAAGAAGAGCUGAAUUUCUUGGCCAGGCUAAUGGGAGGGAUGGAGAUCAAGAAACCGAGUGGCCCUGAACCAGGAUUCCGGUUGAAUCUGUUUAUGACCGAUGAAGAGGAGGAAUACGCAGCACAGUCCAGGCCAGAAGAUUUAUCUUACAAAGUCAUCAACAUCCAGGCUACACAGGACCAGCAACGUAACGAGGAGUUGGCCCGAAUCAUGGGGGAAUUUGAGAUCACGGAGCAGCCAGAGCAAAGCGCAAGCAAAGGAGAUGAUCUGCUUGCCAUGAUGGACAGGUUAUAGAAGUACAAAUGGCACUCCUCCCCCUCCUCAAGAGACUGCCUGAUGACCACCCUGGGGAUAGAAGGCUGGGCACCCAAUGUGUGCCUGCUGGAUUCUCCAACUGAGGCCUGAACUUCUGGUCUAUUUUUAUGUCAGAACAAACUGUGAAGAUCUUUCAGCAUCCAUAUGUGUAUUUUCAGCAAAAUAUAUCCUGGCUCUUAA